AUGGCAUCCCCUUCCUCCGCCCGUCCGCCAACGGAGAACCAGCUCUCCUCAAACCCAGGUGUGCAGGUGCAAGUCACGACCCACAAUAAUGAAGGCAAGGCCGUAGUCAAAUCUACCACACCCGUCAAGUGGGUCCGGUACGACGAUGACAAGCUUGUCAUGUCAGUGCUGUACACCACACAAUUCCCACCCGACCUCAACGACGAGGCCGAUAUCAAGCUGCACGAGUCCCGCGUGGCCAAGGGCCCCGAGGCGACGGGGCUUGCACUCAAGGGAGGUACCGUGUUGAGAUAUGUCGAGUUCUCACCGGGGUACACGUGCAUGAUGCACCGUACGCAGAGUCUGGACUACGGAAUUGUCACGGAGGGUAGCGUGGUGGCGGUCCUGGACAGCGGCGAGGAGCACCCUAUGAAAAAGGGCGAUAUAAUGGUCCAGCGAGCCACGAUGCACGCGUGGAAGAACCCGAGCGACACUGAGUGGGCGCGCAUGCUAUUUUGCCUGCAGGAUUCCAAGCCCCUGUUCGUCGGGGAGGAGAGGCUGAAGGAGGCAGGCGUUGGCGAUAGUCUCCCACCAUCUGGCAAUGAUGACUAG